UGCUCACGAGGACUCUUCUGUUCCUCAGAAACAUUGAUGCUAGACUUUUCUUCAAUUCCAGCUCCACUUGGACUUCAAGGUCAUGUCUUUUUUACAUUUUUUGGUGCUUCUGGGACUCUUCAUAUUGCUCCGGAUUGGCAUUUGUAGCGGCGACAGCCAUAAAAUGCCUCCGGGAAAACUUUGCAAGUCCGCUUGCUCAGGGUCAUGGAAUAUGCAGAAAGGCCAGAGACAUACUUACAGGUACAGCAUCACCAUCACCAGCGCCAUGAAAGGACCCACACCAGGAGGGAGUCAACUGUCUUUUGACUGUGCGGUCGACAUUGAUACGCUUCCAGGAUGUCCGGACAUGCUUUUACGUCUGAGGAAUCCACAAAUCAAGCAAAGCUUGCCGAAAAAGGACAACUCUGUGCUACGCUUGAAAAACAUAAGAGAGGCACUGGAGAAGAAGCCCCUGCGGUUCAUGCUUCAGGGGGGAAAGGUCACAGCCUUGUGCCCACAGGGAACAGAGCAGGUGUGGGCUCUCAACUUCAAGAGAGCCAUACUGAGCAUGCUCCAGACCUCCCACUCCGGACGGGCCAGAGAGAUUGUGAAAGAGACUGAUAUAUAUGGGACGUGCAUCAGUUCCUAUGAGCUAAAAGGCACUUCGCUAGUGAAGAUAAGGCAUCUGCAGCAAUGCCUCCAAGACAGAGUGAACGAUUUCUGGCGGAAUUCUGUCCCUCUGAAAGAAGACAGGACUGUGAAUGCCAGCCUUAAAUGUACCCAGCUGUAUGGUACAACCAUGAUGGACAAGAUAAACUGCACCGAGACGGUAGUACUUGUGCCAUUGUCAGGGUCACUAGAUAUGGUCCAGACCAGCACAGUCUCAACCCUGACCCUUUUGAGAACGCUGGAUGGGAUACAAGUAGAUUCAGGCUUCCACGAUGAAGGACAUUUGGCUGAUAUGGAAUUUGACAUGGAAGCUGUGAACCCAAGCCAAAGAGGAUCGCAGGCAGUUCAGGAGAUUUCGAGUACAGUGAGAAGGCUUUGCGCUCAAUCAGCAGAUCAGCAACAGCAAUCAGAUCUGUUUCUGAGCCUGGCCCUCCAGUUGAGAACUUUGACAAUCCAGCAGCUGAAUGAUGUCUGGCAAGAGGUGUCAUUUAAAUGCCUCGAUGACUGGCAGCCUCUGCUGGAGGCUCUACCUUCAUGUGGUUCUGAAGCAUGCAUUAAGUUCACAACAAACCUCAUUCUCAACAAGGAGAUUGGUCAUGAUCAUAUUAUCUCCUUCCUUAGUACCAUUACAUUUGCAUCCCAUCCCACACCAUCAAUGAUCAGUGAUAUCAGUUCACUGUUGACCCUGCCUUUGAUUCGUAAGAAGAUUAUACUUGCUGUGUCCUCACUUGUCCACCGCCUUUGCCAGAGGGAACGGGCUCCAUGUAGUCAGAUCCCCGAGGUCCAACAGCUUGUGCAAGUUCUAAAGGAGGAUCUAGGACAAAGCUGUGGCGGUCAAGAACCCUUACCAGUUACAGAGCUGCUACAUGUUUUGAAAGCAGUGGAGAACAUAGGUCUGCCUGAAUUUGUCCCUCAAUUAAAAAUUUGUCUUCACAACUACUCAGCACCUGUAGAGCUUCGAUUAGCUUCUAUACAAGCCUUCAGACACAUCCCCUGCCAUAGAAAGAGAGGAGUUCUUGCUUGGGCAUACCAGCAGUUGCAAGAGGAUGUGGAAAUUAGGAUUGCUGCCUAUCAUCAGCUCAUGUACUGUCCUGACCAAGAGGUGUUUAAGAUUGUAAAAGACACCUUAAGCAAUGAGACAUCUACUCAAGUUGGGUCUUUUGUCUGGAGCCACCUCUUGAACAUCAUGAAAACUGAAGACCCUUUAAAGAGAGAACUAAUGGAGUCAUUGCCACAUGACAUUAUUAGUAAAGACUUUGAGGCUGAACCAUGGAAGUAUUCAUCACACAUGGACUUUACAAUGAAUACUGGGGCUGCCAUUGUCAAUAUUGAGGGAGCUUUAAUUUUUUCUCCAAUGUCCUUCCUGCCACGUUCUGCAAUGGCCAAUCUGACAGGUUACAUCUUGGGCAGAUCAUUUAAUAUUUUAGAGGUUUCUUUCAGGAUGGAAGGUGCAGAACCUUUUCUCUUGAACAUGUUUGAAGGUCAGCGUGCCUCGACUAAUAAAAGUCCUGCAGAUCAAACACUACGUACAUCAUAUGGGUUGAAAAGGCAGAAGAGACACAAGGGCAGGUGGUCUCGUCAACAUGCAAAUCAAAAUGAGGACUGCAAGUCCAACAUCUUGAGUCCUCUCAAAGAUAAGUUUACAGGAAAGAAGAAAAGCCACACUGAGUUUCAAUGUUGGAUAAAUGUGAAGAUGUUUGGUAAUGACCUCACAUUUAUGACCUGCGAUGAACUGCUUGGCAAGUUGAGAGAGCUAUCGCUUAGUGUAGCUGGAUUCACUGUAAAGCUUCUGAAGGGUCAGGAGGUUAAGGUAAACCAGCGCACAAUUGUGUUGGCAGAAGAACUGGUUUUACCGUCACUUUCAGGUUUGCCUAUCAAGUUGAACAUCAACAUGUCCUCUUUCUACUCGCUCUGGGUGAAGGGUAAUGCUAACUUUAGGAAAUGGUCUCACUUCUCCUUGGCUGGGUAUCUUAAACCAAAGGCAUUUGUUGCCAUGUCAGCAAGAAUGGGAUUUGAUGGAGCAUUUGGUCAAGUUGGACUGGAAUGGGUUACCCAAUUUAGAACGUCCACCAGCUUGGAUGGAAGCAUAUACGUGCACAAUGGACAAAACCUAAAAAUGGUCCUCAACACCCCUGAUGAUGCUAUGGAUAUUUUAUCCUUUAGUUUCAGAAUAUAUCGUGUAAGUGGUGAAAGUAGAGAAGAGCUUGUGCCAAGGAACCUCAAAGAGAAGACUACCUGCUCUCCCAAAACAUGGUCAAAGAUGCUUGGAUGGCAAUUAUGCACUGACGUCACCUAUCCUGUGCUGCUGAUGGGAAAAGGUUUUCCCCCUCCUGGCCCAAUGAUCUUUAGUCUGAGGCUCCAAAAGCUGGACAGAGUUCUUCAAAAGUACCUUUUGGAAGCAGCUUAUUCCUUUGUUCCUCAGAAAAAUUCCUGGGUCCCACGUGUCAACCUCCUCAUUUUCCUUGGAACCCCACAAUCUACUAUUCCUCGAGAUGUAUCUUUGGACUUCAGUCUCAAUCCUCAAAGGCUAAUUCUGAAAAUUGUUCACCCCCUGAAAACUGUUCUAAUUCAAGGACAUUUUGAUGAACUGAAUGGUCAGAGGUCAGCAAGAGCUGAAAUACUAAUUGAUGACAAGUACCGUUAUUAUCUAAAGGGACUGAUAGACACUCUGAGUCUCCCAACAGAAAAGAGAACACAAUACCAGCUGGAGGCCAAGUUUGCUGCAGAUGGGCAUCCAGCCAUACUCUCUGUUAAUGUCACUUAUGGACUCAACAGGAAGUUCAGUGUCUCUGCUAAGCUGAGAAAUGUUUUCAUUAAGGACGCUUCCUUUUUAGUGCAGGUGGAGCGGAGACUGGAUGACAGCAAGAGGCAGUAUUCGGUGGAUGCUGGCCUCCUGGUGCCUUACUUACUUAGCACAAGGGUCUCUGGUCUACUUGAACAAAAGGGGUUGGAUUGGACCUCUGGCUUGAGGAUCAGAUAUGGGGCGCAAGAGGACUCAGAAAAUAUGCAAGAGUGCCACAUGUCUCAGAAUCUGAGACAUGAGGUCAAGCCAGUUGAGAAGCACUAUGGGACGACAGUAGAGCAUGAGCUCCAGUGUUCCCACAUUACAUUCAUCAACCACAGGAUUCAAAUCCACCAUGAAAGGAGCCCCAUUCAUAUCCAGUCUUCACUUGACCUUAGCUAUGGCAAUCACUGGAACCAGGGUAGCAACAAACAGCGACUCCUCUUAAGUCAGUCCGUCAGGAAUCAGUCUGGACCAGGUCUUACUAGUUACGCUCUGGAGUUUAGUCUUAGAGUCCCAGACAAAGGACUGAAUUGCAGAACUCAGUUCCUGUACUCCCUCCAGAAGAGAAGACAGUCUGAGAUGAGCACCCAUCUGAAGGUCAAUUAUAAUAACCAGAUUCCCCUUGUAGCAGGGCUUCAUUGGAAAGAUAUGUCUGCAAAAUCUUCAUUACAGAAAUGGGAAGGGUCCAUAAGCAUGGACACGCCUUGGCUUUAUUUCUACAUGGCUCAAAAAUUAUCCCAGCUCCAGCACGGCACAACCCAAUUCACUUCAGACAUUACAACCCGCAAGUUGGUUUCCAUUCACAACUUGAGGAUGGAUGGCUUCUACAGGGAAAGGGGUAGAGACAGAGAGGGGCAUUUAUACUUGUUCACACCGACAGUCACCUAUAUGAAGGUUGGCGGGUAUGUCCUAGCUGGGAAACGUCGAGUUAACGCCUCGUGUACCAUCGGCACAGCUUGGAUGCCGACGUUGAGAGGUGAGAUUUCACUCGGUAAUGGAAAAGAGUUGAAGACUUUGGAUGUGAGCACCAGCUGUGGCAAGCAGAACCUUAACAUCUCAGCAAGCCUCAACAUUGUGGAAAAGAAGCUAAAGAAGAAGAUGUUGAUGAUGACCAUGACCUUGUCAGAUUCUAACGGUUCUAAGUUUGAUAUGGAUAUUGGCGGUAAAGUGGAAGAAAUAAGGAAGGACUUGAACCUGUAUCAAAAACGAUGGGUUCUGCAUUUCAGGCAGCCAUUUACGUUCCUCCCGCAAAGUCUGCAUCUCCAGAACACAUUCACCGUUGAUAUGCAUAAGGAAAAUUACAUUCUCGAGUCAAAGCUGCUGCUCAGUAACAACAGAAAAGCGAUUCACGUGCUGACACUUGGGUUUCAACCGCAGCAAUUUCAACCAUAUGUGUGUUCUUCCCUGAUGAAUUCAUUUAACUUGAAAAAUGUCCCACAAGACUUGGUGAUUUGCAUUAAUAUCUACAAAAACCAGACAGUGCAAAAGCUACAAGGAAGGAUGCUAAUCGCUAAAAAGGAGAAGGCGCUAGUUUUCGGGCAGGUCCAGCUUCAUGGUGAAGGAUCUUCUCAGCAAGGUGUUGCAAUCAAAGUCAACCUUACUCAGUUGCUCCAGUUGAAAAUUCCCACCUCACUAACUUUUGAGGGUGACGUCAUGAGAAGUUACAGGACAAGUAAAGAAUUUAAAUACGCCGCAAAAGGAAUCGCGAGCGUCGAUGACAAGGACUAUGAUGCAUAUUUUACACUAGAGAAGACUCCUUAUGGAAAUUUCAGCAGUUCUGUAAACCUGCGCUCUGAUGAAAAGACCAACAAUAUGAUAGAUGUUUCUCUGGCUAAUUCUAUAAAAAAGGGAGUCCGUGUGGUCCACUUCAACCUCAACAUUCUGCAAACAUUAUUUCCACCGGUCGUCUCAGACCUCCAACUUCUUCUCAGUGCAAACUCUUCUUCCAAAAGUUUCUUUAUAUCUGGCACCCUGAGGAAGAGUAAAGAGAUGCUUAAGGCUCGGCUGAAUGCAGUUCGAGAGCAAAAGUCUGGACUCCGGUUUUCUCUAUGGGGAGACUUGAAUGUCUCAGAGUCUGGCAUCUCGGUCCUGCCAAAUUUCACCAGUUUAACAGGGCUACUGGAUCAGACAAACGGACAUCUGACAUUAAGUGCAGACCAGGUUGUAUAUCAUGUUGAGACCAGACACUCCUGGUUGAAAGAAAACGUGAACGGGUCUGAAAGUGUCUGGAUUUGUGUCCGGGCUGAGGAGCAGUCACUUUGCAUGAACGUUAGCAGGAUCUCUCGACAGCGUGAACAGAAUGGUCUCCAUGUUCAACUGGAUCACUCAUUUCCAUGGCUGCUUUCAGCAGGACUCCCGCUGACCACUAGUGCUCUGUUGGGUGUGAAGCGGAGUGAAAGUGGUAUGUCGGCCGAAUUUGCACUUCAUGCCGGAGCCCAAGAUCUGAAGCUCACACUACAGAGAACACUGCACAACUCAACAGAAAUUGGCAGAAGCUUACUGGUGAACUGCAUGGGGAGAUUCGGCCAAGACCACCUGCUGGGUUACUGCUACUCCGAGGCAUUGGAUCAGUCACUACGGAUAGAGAUACAGGCUAAUCUCCAAGAUUCCAUCUUCAUUUUGCCAAAAAACCAAGGAAGUUUGUCAUUACUACUCAAGAUCCUGGGACACCAUCAAAUGUCCAGCACUGGCCUGAUGGUUAACGUUCACCACAACAUUUCAUCUCUACAAAUCUAUAUCCCAUUUGGGUUUGACACCAAGUCACAGCUAAAUCGAUCAUCUUUGUCAUGGCAAGCAGCAGCCGAGCUAGCCAUAGACGACCAUGUGUUGCGUUUUAAAGGACAGGCUUCGCAGACAAAGCUUGGAUUCAAGCAGCUGUUUGAGCUUUACCACUCUUUACCUCAGCUGACGUCACUUCCAAAGAGUGUUUUAUUAAAGACUGGGUAUGCCGGGUGCAACGGAUCACACGUCCUCACACACCACACACAGUGGAUGGAUGAAAACGCAUCUCAACCCACAGGGUUACUGCAAAGGAAAUCAAGACAAAUAGAUGAGUUCGGGCCUCAGUCUCGGGGCUGGGACCUGGAAAUAAGUCUUGAGAACGAAACUCAGAGCAAACAUGCCAAUGUUGUGAUCGACUGGGAUCUGCAAGGAGCUCGGGAGCAGAUACAAGCUACAGGUUCUUGGAACUCAGGAGGAAGACAAACCAAGGCCGUGCUCGAACUUAAGCAACCUUUUACGUCCACUCUCUCCCACUUGCACGUGCAAGUGCUAGCACAAAGCCAUGCACAAGGACGUCAACAAGGCAGAAACCAUCAGGUUCAUCUCUCCUGGGAUCGUGGGACCCCCAUGAAUGUCUCUGUCUCAGUCAGUAACCAAAGCCAUGAGAACUUCAGCAUGACACAGGCUUGUGUUUAUGUGUCGCCUGGACAGAUGCGGUCAGUUCUCCCUCUCGUGGAGGCCCACGGCUGUGUCUCGAUGGCGCAAGAAGGAAAAGUUUCCUACUCCCAGAGCGCAGAGCUCGAGUGGGGCGACAAGAGGAUUACGCAGAGUGUGAAAUAUCAGAAAGCUGACAGCGGAAUGCACACUGUCCAGAUGGAAACUUCGGCCCAGAACAUCUCGCCUGGCCCAUGUUCUUCUCAUACACUCCUGGCUCAGAUACAUUCUAACCUCAAAGACGUCCUGGAACACCAUAGCCUUCUGGGGCUCUGUCCUUCACAACCAGCUUUAUCUUGGUCAGGUUCUCACCGAGUGAACUCGGGGAAGGACUUGCUGUACAGCCGGACCAGUAUGUCGCUCUCUGGUCAGACGCAGGACAAUGCGUUAGUCCUGGCGCUCAGAAACACCAGCAGCGCCCAACGCAACCACUACUCCCUGCUUACUGAGUGGAAAAUAGGAAACCGGAGCGUUGAGCUGGGAGGAAGCAUACAUUCGGCAAGCAGGAACACGGCGCUGCAGAUUCAAGCGAAACUCGACCGCAGUGAACUCGUCUGGCUGCAGACCACGCUGGGAAAGCGCUGUUUACAAGCUGCCGCCGGAUACGACGGCGAUUCAUCUGAUGACCUCCGGAUGACUCUCUGCGUCGAUGGAAACCACUGGCUGAACUUCAAGACCCAAAGAGGAGGCAGCGGAAUUGAGAACGAGACAUUAGCGCUCGUUUCCAUGGGAGCGCUCGAUCACGGGUUCGUCUUCCGCGCCAAAGGAUGCGAGGCGUGCUUUGCGGCGACGGAGGCGCGGCUGCAGCAGAUAGGUGCACACAUGAAGAGGAAGCUGCUGCUGAGGGUCCAGCGGCUGCACCAUUUUCUUCUGGAGUUCAGGAGACAGACUCUAGGAAAUGAGGCCAUGCAGGAACUGAGCCACGCAAUCCUUCAUGUGACCCGCCGAGCUGAAAACCUGCUGUUGCAGAAAGCGCCGGUGCCGUGGGACCUCUGGGUGUCUGGGAACGUCCGUCAAACGCUCACGAAUGGCCUUCCUCGGACGCUCCAGAUCUUCCAGCACAUGUCUCAACUCAUCCAGCAAGAGCUAAAAAAGCCGCUGGUCACGUUGGCCGGAGCAUACCAUGACGUUACAGGAGAGCGCCUGGACCUGAUGUGGCACGGCUUAUUGCAGCUGUGGAGCCGAGAGCUGGAGCAGAAGCUGCCCACAGUUCUACAUAACUACCACCUGAGGGCGCCAUCAAUAACUGUUCUCCACACUUCCAUCACCGCUUUAGACCUGGUUGUGCAGCACACAGUUCAGUGGACUGAGUCCAGACUGGCCAUGAUGUUAGUCGGAUUAAAAAGACAGCUCGCUUUUAUGUACAAGUUCUCUGAAAGGGACGGGAAGUGACAGUGAAUCUUCCUCUACCGCAUAAUCCAGGAACAAAGCGGUCAGUGGUUGGCUUAGCAGAAAGCUUGGUGGAGGACUUUCUCAUGAAGCCUCUUCUCUCUUUGAGCUCAGCGAAUAUCCCAGCUG